GGAAGAGGUUUGGGCAACUGGGGUAUGCGAUCUGCUGCAAUAGAGGGGAGGCAGAGGAACCUCAGAGGGAUGCCCACCUUUAUACCCGGGGGGGUGAGGGGUGUCCCCCUCUGUAUCCACGAUAUCCCCCGUGGGGAUGCUCCUCUGUCCCCGGGGGCUGCAGGGGACAACCACUGCAGAGCAGCCCGCUGCACACCGGUCAAGGGGAACCCCGUGGGCUUUGUCCCGUGGAGCAGGGGGCUCGUGGGUGGGGGGGAAGCCCAAAGUAUCGAGAGGAGCCUGUAAUAUUGGGGCACCGCUAUGGGAUGCAAACCCUACGCUGGGGAAAAGCUGGGCCCUUCCCUGCACCCACCUCCAGGGAGGAUGGGGGGUGUCCCAGGGGGUCAGCGUGUUCAGAGCACCCCGGGAGGAAUUGCAACCCCAAUAACCGGGGUGGGGGGGGGGGUCUGGUCCUGCUGUGUGGGUGCUGUGCUGGUGACACAGGUGGGUGCUCCCGGUGCCGUGCCCAUGACGCACUGCUAGGGCAGGGCUGCGAAACCUCCCCGCCUGGCUGGGAGCUGCUUUCACAACUCGGCUUCGUGGUUUCAGAGGUUGAACUGUCACAACGUGUGGCCUGAGCGCAGGAUGUUCAGUGUGUCACGAGCGUGUCCGAUUCUUUUCCUUAGGGGCACAUAUUGGAAAAGCCAGGAGUGGGAUUUCCAUGGGCAGUGUAUGGUGCUGACCUAAUUAUGGAUUUCCCCCCCCCCCCCAAAAAAAAAAGCAUUUCGGCCCAGGCUGUGAGAACAAGGUAGAGUCACAUGCUUAUAGGGUCUGUAUAGUUUUAGGGCCCUACAUUUCUCCUCCCUGUCAGCGUAGCCAUGGGGCAAUGCUGGCACCUGCAAGUUGCCCACCUCCUGAGCCCACGCUGACCCUGUGGUUCGGUGCUGAUUAACCUGUAGAGUCAUUCAUUUAAUGGGAGGUAACAACUGGUUUCUUGGCAUUGCUUUGGGCUGACUCAGUCUCUGCAGCCUCAGGGGAACUGGGGCGAGGGCAGCCUGCAAGAAAAGCUGUUGGGUUCUAGUUGGGUUGUUACUGAGUGGUUGUUGCCAUUUGUUGGGUUGUUGUUGGGUCACUGUUGCUGUUUGGUGGGUUAUUGGUGGGUUGUUGGGUUAGGACCUUGCACGCAGUGCCCAUUUUGCACUGUUUGUGCUCCCUGAGCUGCCGUUCCAUGCGAGCCGCGCUGGCGCUGAGCUGUAUUCAAUGAGGAAGUCAACAGUGAAACCAGAGGGAUUAAUCUUUAAUCCGUGGCCGCUGAAACCUGAUGCUUCCCCAUCAACGUGCCACCUCGGUGCUGUGACGGCUUCCCUUUGCAUGCUUUUUCCAUCCCGCGGGAUGCUGCCUGCUCCCUUGGAUGUGGGCUCCCCAAAACCUCGUAGGUGCAGCAUGCCCACGUACCCAUCCCAGUGAAAGCCACCUUAGGGACACGUCUUAGUGGGCAUGGUGGUGAUGGGUUGACUUUAUGAUCUUAGAGGUCUUUUCCAACUGUAAUGAUUCUGUGAAAACGGGGGUGCACAAGGUUGUGCCUCCUGCACAUCUUCAGAGAUGCUCUCACAUGGGAUGCCCUGCAGUGUUCCCAUUAGUGAGUACAUCUCCUGGCCAGGCCCAUCUAGGGGGUUUCUCCUUUUUUUCCUUCUCCAGCCUUGCUCUUGCUGCUUGAUUUCUUUUUAAAGUAGCUGUGGGUGCUGGGGAUGUGCACAAGCUGUGGCUUUCGUGUUAAAGACGCCGUCAUGGAACUUGCAGAGCUCACCAUGGUCACCUUGCGACCACAGCGCCCAAAAAUCUUCAGCAUUAGGAAGUGACGGCUGUGACCCCUCACAUUCAGCACAACAAACGCCAUGCCUGAAAGACAGAAAGAGCAGUUCAAAGGGAAAAAAAAAACGGAGCUUUAAAAGCAAAAUAAAUCAAUGCUGUGAGCUUACAGAUAGAGGGAAAGAGGCUUGGUGGGGACCAGAGAGUCGGACAAAUGGGGAAACGUAGUUUUGGGUCCUUGGAGGCACCUUGCCAUGGUGCUGGGAUGGUGGAGGUGCUCCCACAGUUGGCCUUGGCAGUUUAAGGGAAACCCAGGGGGCACAUUAUUCCCAUUUUCUUUUCAGGUAUUUAACUCGGGACCUUUUGCUUGUAUGACAUAGGAGAGGGUUAAUGGUCCAGGAAUGUUUCUUAGAAUAUUUCUACUGUUAUUUAUUCUCUAUCUUUACGCCUUCUUAGGAAAUAGGGGUUUUGGACAUGGCCUCACAGCACCAUGGGGGUGAUGAAGGCUGAAAAUAGUCCCCAUCCUGAGCAGUCACAUUCAGAGCAAGAUGUGGUGGCCAGGGCUGGCUGUUGGCCCUCUCCUGCCCUGUAACCAGCAUUACAACGUGUCUUAAUGCAAAACCCCUUGGUUAUUCUUCCUCUAAGGCAAGGAAGAAUGGCAGUUUGGGAGCUGCUUGGAGCUCUCCCAAACCUUGCAGUCAUUAAGUAGGUGGGUGAGUAUCCCAAUUAUUGGACAGUCUGGUGGGAACAACAUUUAGAGGAGCAAUGAAGUCAAACCUGGACCAGGGAUGCAAACAGCAUCUCCCCAGUGCUCCUGCCACCGUGGUUUGUGGUAUCCAGGGAUUUGGGCAGCCAGGACUUGUAGGGAUAGUGUGCCUCAGUUCUCCCCAUCUGUAAAAUGGGCCCAGCAGCUGAGUGCUUCCUGCAGCCCCUUCCCACUUGUCUCUGGGCUCUCAUUGCAGGUGUCCUGCCUGUGUGGCUCAGCACCAUGCCUGCUCUGCGGCUGCUGCCCCUCGGCCAGGAACUCCACCAUCUCCCGCCUGCUCUUCACCUUCUUCCUCUUCCUUGGUACCCUCGUCUCCAUCAUCAUGAUCAUCCCCGGUGUGGAGAAGGAGCUGCACAAGCUCCCAGGUUUCUGCAAGGGCAGUGGCUCGGUGCUGGGGGUCCAAGCUGAUGUUGACUGCAGUGGUUUCCUGGGCCAUAAGGCCGUGUACCGCAUGGGCUUUGCCACAGCCGCCUUCUUCUUCCUCUUUGCUGUGCUGAUGGUUUGCGUGCGCAGCAGCAAGGAUCCACGAGCCGCCGUGCAGAACGGCUUCUGGUUCUUCAAGUUCCUGCUGCUGGUGGGGCUCACGGUAGGGGCCUUCUACAUCCCCGAUGGCUCCUUUACAGCAGUUUGGUUCUACUUCGGCGUGGUUGGCUCCUUCCUCUUCAUCCUCAUCCAGCUCAUCCUCCUCAUCGACUUCGCCCACUCCUGGAGCCAGCUGUGGCUGCGCAACGCAGGCGAGAGCAACGCCAAGGGCUGGUAUGCAGCCCUUUGUGCUGUCACCUUCAUCUUCUAUGCCGCCUCCGUCACGGCCAUCGCUUUGCUCUAUGUCUACUACACCAAACCCCAGGGCUGCACAGAGGGCAAAGUCCUCAUCAGCAUCAACCUCGCCUUCUGCCUCAUCAUCUCGGCUGUAUCCAUCUUGCCCAAAAUCCAGGAAGCUCAGCCGCACUCGGGGCUGCUGCAGGCAUCCCUCAUCACCCUUUACACUUUCUUCAUCACUUGGUCUGCCCUGGCCAACGUCCCCACCCGGGAGUGUAACCCCACACUGCUGCUGAGGAACAGUACUGGCUCAGCCGCAGCCCCGCAGCCGCUGACAACGUGGUGGGAUGCACCGAGCAUCGUGGGGCUGGUGGUUUUUGUUCUCUGCACGCUCUUCAUCAGCAUCCGCUCCUCGGACCACAAGCAGGUCAACAAGCUGAUGCUGACAGAGGAGAAUGGGGCUGGGGCCGGGGCCGAGGCGACAGCAGAGAGCGGGGUGCACCGUGCCUACGACAAUGAGCAGGAGGGCGUCACCUACAGCUACAGCUUCUUCCACCUCUGCCUCCUCCUUGCUGCCCUCUACAUCAUGAUGACACUCACCAACUGGUACAGGCCUGAUGACAGCCUGCGGGUGCUGCACAGCCCCUGGACAGCCGUGUGGGUGAAGAUCAGCUCCAGCUGGGCUGGGCUGCUGCUCUACGUGUGGACACUGGUGGCCCCCCUGGUGCUGCCGGAUCGGGACUUCAGCUGAGCGCUGCUCCAGGGUCCCCACCUCGCCCAGUGCCUUACCCCUGGACUCGAGUUUUGCAUGUGGGUUUGUGCCUUCUUGCAGGUUUUCUGUUUUAAUUUAAAAGGGAUAAAGUGCCAAGCAGGGACAAUCAGCGAGAGGCUGAGGAUGACUUGAGGACGGCUGUAAAGCUCUUCUGCCCUCCGUGCUUGUCUAGUGCCUUCAGUGGUGCCUCCAGCCCCUCUCCUUUCAGUGUUUGGAGGGUUGGGGUUGCGCGGGUUGCUCUCGCCUUGCUUGGUGCCCUGGGACUGUGGUGCCUUUUGGGUGGUGACAAGGAGCCAGGCCGUGGCACCAGGCACGUUCCCAAGCAGCCCUGAGGACAGCUGUGCUGGAGGCUGCAUGGUGCUUGUACCCCGCCGAGCUUUGGUGGCUGAGUGGCUCCUCCAGGGCUCCCCCUGCCUCCUGAAUAAAGUUUUGUUUGGAAAAAA